AUGACAAACACCAACGAUACAGACCUCCCCGCCGCCGACCGAGGCACUUCUGACACGCCACCCCUUCUUAGAACACUGAAUGAGCUCAACAAUAUCCAGAUUGCUGAGAUUGAGCAGCAUGUUGACCGCUUAUGGCACGACCUACAGGCCAACUUCAACAACACCAAUGACGCUACCAUAACUAGGGACACCAAGUUCAUUUUUUGGGCGUUCCAAAACGUCGAUCGUCAAACACUCUGCCGAAUACUUGACAAGAAGCACAAAGACGAUCUCCAACUAAUCACAACGGAUAUUCAACGUCGUCUGGCCAACCUGUGCCCGCACUGGGAUGCUUCACCCGGCCUCUUUUUCGCUUGUUUUGGUCAGGAGAUUACAAGAUCUCGAAGGUGCAUUGAUCUUCUGAAAAAGUUACGAGGGACCUCCCCGCAGCUUUCCCUUGGCGACUUUAUCGAUUGUUUCAACCGCAUACCAAGAAACAACGACCACCGAUACGGCCUUCGCUCGGUAAAGAACCAAGUCAGCGUGUUCAAACUCGCUGUGGGAGAGUUUGAACCUACUCUCGUGAUGCGUCAGCAACGGUACGCCAAAGAUCGCCCGCCUCCCGAAAGCGAUUUGAGUAGCAACAGCGGUGACUCGGACAAUGACCUUGCCGACAACUCCAACCUCAACGAACACACAUCCAACGAUGGCGGCAAGAAAAAACAAGACGCCCGUCGAUCUCUUCCUGCUGAGCCCCCCUUCAGCAACACCAGAUCGACACGCGACAAACGAUCGAGUCCUCCAUUGACACGAAAGCGAUCUCCGGCAGCCCAACACGUCGAUGCAACCCCAUCCCCAGAGCAAUCCAGAAGGGAGUGCCAGGCUUCGACUGUUGCACCAAAGGGACCUGUGCUUGUCUUUCAAUCCAAAAACAAUUCUGGACUCCACAAUUCUUCUCUACAAGCGGGCCCAUCUACACACGAUGCUGAGGAUGACGGUGACGAUAACUCCCUUGUGCACCAGUCAAUACCUCGGGCUGCACCUCUCCCUCAAUUGACACCGUCGCGUUUUGGUCCACGGAAUCAAGACACACCAAUUCCUCCCCAACGCAAGCGUGCUCGACUCGGUGAAGCCAGGCACCGAGACUGGGAUGUCAGCAACGGCAGUUUUGGCGAUGUGAGUGUUCCACCUCUUGAAAGAGAUGGAGCAGCAACUCCUAUGAUGGAGGAACCUACUUUUUUACCCCCUGCUCGAUCAGAUCUGCCCUCCAGUCCCGUCUUGAUAACCAUCAAAAGCGAAGAAUCCCCUGUUUUGCCCCCUCUAAAAACAUCCCCAGCUGACGCUACAAUCGAAGCCAAUCUUGAAAGGAGGUCCUCAAGGCUCAAGUACCGCUGUUCCAUCCCGAAGAUCUCGGGCGAUAUGCACCGUCUUCUUCCAGGACAAAAGCUCAACGACACUAUCAUCAAUGCCCUCCUCAAUCGUUUGACCUCAGUUACUGGAAAGGUCUUGGCAAUCGACAGUUUCGUCCUUGACUCGAAGAACAUACCCGAUCGUGUCUACAAUGAGAUCCAACAUGGAGAGCAACACAAGUUACUCAUGCCGGUGUGCAAUGACGACCACUGGGUAUUGUUCGUCUUUUUCUGCCAGGAACACAAGGUUCGCCUCUUCGAUUCCUGUCCAGGCGUUCUGCAUGCCGAGAAAGUUUGCCGUGACGUGAUCUUGCCGUUCCUCCGUCGGAUUGGAGCGAGCGACGACGUUCAAGUUGACUUGGAUGUGAGCGGAUGUGCUCGCCAAAAUAACAACAUCGAUUGCGGACUCUUCACACUGUUGUUUGCAUAUCAGGUUUCGGGAACUGGGACGAGCAUGCCGACAGAUGUGACGUCGAAGACACUGGAUGCGCACCGACUUCAUUUCCUCCAGUGUUUGCUGACCUCCACAGAGGCUGCUCUCUCACCCAAGGAGGCUGGGUACCUUGACGAACUCGGAGAGACUACAAGUGAUCGCUCGACAGCCCUGGCUCGAUUGGCACUUGAAGUAUGGGACCGUCAAUUUUCCUAUCAAUCUCUGCUUAAACCAAGCGACUUUUUCGAUCAGUCAAUGACGAGAUUACGACAACUUCACCAAGCUGAGGCGCGUCGGUGGGAGACAUUGUGCAUAACAUCAGCCCUCGGUCUGACUCACGUGAGCCAUGGUAAACUCCUGCAAAAUGCUGUUCAGAUGGAGUGCGAGAGGCGCGAGAGGAGGAAAGAGAUGGACAGACGUAAUCAUCUACAAGCUGCUGUCAGGAGCAUUCUCAUCAAUAUCCCCCUUGAACAUCCGGUUGGCUCUUCGGUUGCCCGUUCCAAGCCAGCGAGUAACCUCGAGCUCAGUGCCAUGCUCAGCUUGCGAUCCGCCACAGAAGUGGCGGCUGCCUUUCUCACGGAGGGCAAUCUCAAGGCCAGCACGAAUGAUGACUACAACCCCUUCACGAUAUGCGUAGCAUACAUCGUCGUUGCCCGAUUCAUAAGACAAAGGCUAUCGAGUAUUGAACAUGGGCUGGAGAUUGAGAUUGGGCGAGGCGUAGACAGGGACAUUUUGGUGGUUACGCGACGAUGA